AUGGCAGAGCCCAUGCUUGCCCUCCCCAUUGUAGAGACCAUCAUUGGUGUGAUUGGCCUGACCGGGAACGCCAUUGUGGUCAUCGUUAUCUGCAAGGUGAAGUUCAUGCACACGAAGACCAAUGCUUUCAUUUGCAACCAGGCCGUGGUGGACUUCCUCGGCUCUCUCUUUCUGAUCGUGACAAGUGCCCUGCCAGUCCCCGACCCCCUCCCGGACAAUUCGGGAUACCAAAUUGUCUGUCUCUUCUGGCUGUCAGAAUUCUUCCUCUGGGCCUGCUACACCUCCUCCACCUACAACCUGGUGUUUCUCACCUGCGAGCGGUACGUAGCUAUCGUGUAUCCGUUUAAAUACGUCACUCUGUACACCAGGAAGUCCAUCGUGGGCAUGGUGGCUAUCGUCUGGCUCCUUGGACUCAUUCUGGAGGGAGCUUACUCAGUUAUGACAAACAGAUUCGAAAAUGGCCAGUGUUUCCGCUCCACUUCAGUUAGUGCCCAGGUUCUUAGCAUCGUCAUUAUUGUGGUCCACUUCCUCAUCCCAGCGAUCUUCAUGUUGUUCUCCUACUCGCACAUGGCCGUGGAGCUGAAACGAAGCGCAAAUCGCGUCGGUGCCGUCGCUCCGACCGUGUCGGCCUAUUCGGCACCGGGGAACGGAGAGGGUGAGGAACGCCCGGAAAACGCCGAGCAAUCACUGCUUCGGGCCCGCCGCAACGUCUUCAGGACCCUCCUGCUUGUGUUCAUCACCUUUCUCGUUUGUUGGACUCCAAUGCAGAUCAUAUUUUUCGUUACUAGCGUGGGAUUGAGACUGUACCACACCACGGCCAUUUACAUCACAUCGCUGUCUCUGGUAGGCAUCAGUUCAUGCACGAAUCCCUUCAUUUACGCCUUCAAGUACAAGCAGUUCCAACGAGGGUUUCUUUUUUUAAUCGGGAGGCCAAUCCAGGCCGAGGACACGCCGGGGAACUAG